GUAUGGUUAUAGGGAAGAAAAAGCGGUAUGAAACUGAAAUUGUAAUUUUAUUGUAAUAUAAACAUUCAGCAUCAUGAAACUAGUAAGAUUUCUAAUGAAGCUCAGUCAUGAAACUGUAACGAUAGAAUUAAAAAACGGUACUCAAGUGCAUGGUACUAUUACCGGAGUUGAUGUGGCAAUGAACACGCAUUUGAAGACAGUAAAAAUGACAAUAAAAAAUAGAGAUCCUGUACAAUUAGAUACACUAAGUUUACGAGGCAAUAAUAUAAGGUACUAUAUAUUACCAGAUUCAUUACCACUUGAAACAUUACUCAUAGAUGAUACACCAAAAGCAAAAGCAAAGAAAAAGGAGGCUGCCAGAGGAGCAGUACGAGGUCGAGGACGAGGUGGUCGUGGUACCAGAGGAGGCCGGGGAGGACGAGGACGAGGAAGGGGUAGACGAUAAUCAUAUGUUAUUAUUAUGUAUUCCAUUAAAAUAAUUAAAUCAGUCUUUUCUAUCUUAAAGAAAUAUAUUGAC